AUGGAUUUCUCUACAUGGAAAAAGCUCCGUUCAGUAGUUGAAAAUAAGUUACUCCGUAUUACACCUGAAGAUGCUGACAUUCUUAUUCCAAAGAAAGAAGAAAUAACUAAGAUGAAAGUUAUGACACACAGUGGAAAUCAUGUAAUGAUCUAUUUUUGUGGAGCAAAUCCUAUUUUAUUUGAGUUAGAAAACAGGAUUAUACCCACAGUUUACACUUUAUGGAAGUUUCCAAAUUUACUUUCCACUGUGACUACAUGGACACCUGUGUUUGAAAAGCUAAUGGGAGGGGCUGACCUCAUGUUGCCAGGGAUUGUGAGGAGAACAAGCGAAUGUCUCUCAACUCUAAGAUCUUUGAAAGAGAGUGAUAUCUGUGCUGUAACACUUUAUGGUAACAAGACACCCAUUGCAGUUGGAACUUGUGUUGUAUCAGGUGAUGAACUGGCAUCAGUUGAUGCCAAAGGAAAAGCAGUUCGAAUUUAUCAUCUUUAUGCUGACUUGUUAUGGUCACAUGGGGACAGAAGUGAACCACCUUUUUUGGAAGAAACAGAAGAUACUGCUGAUAGUCAAAAUGAUGAAUUUUAUGCUUGUGAUACUAAUCAUGAUGAAAUGUCUUCUAACAAUGUAGCAGACAGAGAUAAUUGUCCUGAACAGUAUGAAACAAAGAAGUGUGAAUAUCAUGAAAAACCUCAAACUUUAACAAACUCACAAGGUUUUGAAAUGGUAAAAGGUUUUGAAGAUCUAACUAUUCAAGAAGGUGAUCCAAUGUGUGAAAAUCUUCCAGAAAAUACUAAUGUUGAAGAACAACAAAAUGCCUCAAAUAACUCUCUUACAGAAGAAAUAGACUGUCUUCUUAAGGAAUGUUUUUUCACAGCAUUGAAAAUUUUAGGCAAGAAAAUAAAAUUACCUAUUCUUACUAGCAUAUUUUAUAGAACUCAUGUUCUUGCUGCAUGCCCACCUGGUUGUCAGCUUGAUAUAAAAAAAAGCAGUUUCAAAAAGUUAUCGACAUUCCUUAAGGAGAUGGAAAAAAUUGGGGUUAUUGUUGUUAAAGAAAUGUCCAAAGGUGUUGAAAACAUAGUAUCUAUAAACAUAGAACAUAGGGAGUUAAUCUAUUUUAAACCAAAUCCUGCUUUUGAAAUGCAGCUAAAGAACUUUCAAUGUGGUGCUAUGGGGUGUUCAAACAAAGUUGUAAAUCACCUGCCCAGUAUCAGAGAAUUGCAUACUGUGACAGUGGCAGUGUUGCCUUUGUUUAAACCUCAGAAUUACAGUAAAGGAGCUGCUGUAGCUGCUAGUGAUAUCAGAAAAGUCUUGACAAAUUAUGUUAAGUCGAAUAACUUGCAAGAUUCAGAGAAUCAAAGGAAUGUGAUUUUGGAUCCUCUUUUGGCUGAUGUUGCUUUAAAGAAGGGAGAAGGAAAUGUGACAUUGUUAAGUUGGGAGGAUCUUAUAUGCAGGUGUAUUUCUAAAAUGCGACCAGCAUAUGAAGUAGUAUUUCCUGGACAGCAGCCUGUUUUGUAUAAAGGAGAACUUCAGCCAAUAGAAAUAGUUGUGGUUCAAAGGUCGGGCAACAAAAAGGUGACUUUGUUAUACAACCUGGAAACUUUUGGUAUUGACCCUACAAAGUUAGCUCACCAAAUUCAAGUUGGUAUUGCAGCAAGCACUAGUGUUGGACCCUCUGUUACAAAGAAAGGAACACAGGUUUUGGUGCAGGGUAAUCAAGUACGAUAUGUGGCCAAAUUACUACUAGAUGAAUAUAAAGUUCCAAGGAAGUACAUUAAAGGCCUAGACAGUGCACCUAAAGAGAAAAAGAAAUAAUGUUUCCUAAAUAAUACUGUCAUAAAAUAAAAUACAUGAAUAAAAUCUAUAAACUACUGAUGGAGGAUAUAGCUUUAUAAUAAAAUAAAGCUGGGACAAAAUUCCUGGAGAUUCUUAUCAUUAUAA